AUGUCUGCACCCAACGAGACGGGCGAGGCCCCUCCAGUUGCUGCAAACUCUGCUUUACAGGCACCGGCUCUUGAGACUGACGGCGUGCUUGUCGCCGACGAGCCUGUUGACGACGGCGCGUCAGCACUCGGCAGCGUCGCAUCCUCGACAACAAGCGUGACCGCCUCAAUUUUGGAUUACAGAAUCGAGAAUGGCAGGACCUAUCAUCGAUACAAGGAUGGGAAGUACAGCUAUCCCAACGACGAUCGGGAGUCCGAGAGGUUGGAUUUGCAACAUCACCUCUUCCUUCUGACCUACGACAACCAGCUAGGCACCUCCCCACCGUGCGCAAGAGACUCUAAGAUCAAGCGUGUGCUCGAUGUGGGCACGGGAACUGGGCUGUGGGCCAUCGAGUUUGGUGACGACCACCCAGAGGCCGAGGUCUUGGGUAUUGAUCUCUCUGUUGUUCAACCCGACUUCGUACCGCCAAACGUGAAGUUCGAGAUCGACGACAUUGAGGAGCCCUGGACGUUCUCGCGACCGUUCGACUUUAUCCAUAGCCGCAUGAUGACAUCGAGCAUUGCAAAUUGGCGCACAUACCUUAAGAAGUGUUACGAUGGUCUGGCGCCCGGUGGCUAUCUCGAGCUCAACGAGACCGACCUCUACCCUGCGUGUGACGACGGUACUCUCACAGAAGAACACGCAGUCUCGAGAGCUAUCAACUUACUAGGCGAGGCCAUGGUCAAGAUUGGCCGUCCCUUCCAGAGUAUACCGGAACUGCGACAGAUGAUGAUUGAAAUCGGGUUCGAAGACGUGCAUCUGAAGCAGUACAAGUGGCCGAGCAACAGCUGGCCUAAGGAUCCGAAGUACAAGGAGCUGGGUCUGUGGGAGAAUGAGAACCUCAACACAGGAUUCGAGGCUUUUAUUGUCGCACCCCUGACCAGAAUCCACGAGUGGACCAUGGCGGAGGUGCAGGUGUUUCUGAUUGACGUGCGAAAAGACGUUAAUGACCGGAACAUUCAUGCAUACUGGCCGAUCUACUCUAUCUGGGGACGGAAGCCAGUGGAAGAGAAGGACGCUGCCUGA